AUGGAGCUUCCCGUGUGGCUUGUCAGUUCAUAUCCAAAGGAUGCUCGGCAGUCGAGGAAGCAUCAUGGAACAGCAUCCCGGCGAAGGUUGCAGGCCCCCAAUGUGCAUCAGUAUGCUGCCGUGCGAGACUUCCUCACCCGGUCUUUAAGUUCAUGUGGUUAUGAUCUUGAAGCUGUGCUGCGUGAUAAGGAUUUAAAUGGUCAAGUGUGGGGAUGGGCCAUUCUUGAAGUGCGUCCUGAUGAAGUGGAUUCCCUGCUUCAAGAGCGCUCCCUGCAAAGGCGAGUCCUGCUUGAGAUCUAUGAUUACCAGCCUCUGUUGCAUCUUCACAUUAAAAAGGCUGUCCCAUUAGCCCAACAUGUGCAAGCAAUUCAUGUUGGGGAUCUGUUGACUCCUCGGAGUCAGGCUUUUGCAUUGCAUCAGGUUUUUGCGGAUGAUUUGCUAACGAAGAGCAUCCUGACUCCUUCUGCUGCAGGCAGAGAUGAGACUCUUUCAGCUUUUUUGACGGCCAACCUUGCUGAAUAUGCAGCCCCACCUGCCACCACGACAGCUCUUCAGUUGUGGGGCCCCAUUGCAAUUCUCGCGGCAUCUGGCCUUUGGACAGAUGCUUCAAUGCCGGCUGUGUCUAGCUGGAGCUCUCGGACACAUGCUUUGCGAGAUCCCGGCAUUGCCAGGCUCUUGCAAGGAGCUCGUGAGGGGGCAAUGCAGGCAGAGAGUGCCCCGGCCAGACCGUGUCAGGCUGCAGAUCAGGAGGUUUUUGGGCCUGCAGCAUUCCAGGAUUUGGCUGGGCAGAUUUGUUGUUGGGCUUCGAUGCUUUUGCAGGGCCAGGCAUUUGAUCCCGAAGUUGAGAGGUUUAGGAUGGAGAUGGCAGUGCAAACGCUGGAAACCCAAGCGAGAAUGCUGGACAGUGUGGCGACGGGCAGUGUUAUGGAGCUGUUGCCACAGGGCGGUGUGAAACGCUUCAAUAUUGUGUUCUUGCUGCAUGCUCUGUGGUUCGCGUUUGACUUGAAGAGUGAUGGGUGCUUGCGGGAAGCAUUGCUCAGAUCCUGCAAGCUCUUGUUUCCAGGCACAAAGCACACUUUCUUAGAGCAGUGCCUGCAAGAAGAGUGGCUGCCACUGCCAUCGCAGAGUGUUUUAGCUCAGGCGCGGUUUUACUUGGACAUGGCUCUGAUGCUUCGCAUGCGUCAGAAACAUGCUGAACAGUUUGAUCCCGUGCAAACACUGCAGGCCGGGGCCGGGGGUGCCGGGGGUGCCAUGUACAUUCUGGCUGACAGCUCCCCGCAAGGACAUACCAAUUGGCUCAUGUUACAGUAUUUUCACAUUCUGGAAAGUGACUUAUGCAAUGCUUUCGAUGCAGCGGCUGAUCUCACGGCUGCAGCUCUUCGCAUUCGCAGAUGCGAGGAAAUGCAGAUACCCACAGCUGAGGAUGAUCUAGAAUCGGAGGCACGGCUCGCAGGUCUCUUGUCCAAGACAACCUAUAAGCACCCCAUGGUGCCUGUGGGUUUGGGUUCAGCGCGUGCAGAUCUGUGGCAUGAGCUGCAUGCCAUGUACCAUUCCUUGUUUUUGGAAUGCGGUUCCCCAGAACUGGUGGCCUCUGUUGCUAGAAGUGUCACAGCUGUAAUUUCAGACCGUGGAACCGAGGCAGGCAUACCACAGGCGCAUCGUGUUCCCUUCCACUUUUUCUUUCCACACUUCCAGGCACCCUUAACAGUUGAGGCGGAUGGGGAUGCUGGUCUUCCUGAGGAUGCUCAGCCAGAUGGACCUGUUGCUGCCCAGGUGAUCGGGCAGCAGCCCCCCCCAGGAGCAGAAGAGGAAGAUCCGGGACUCAGCAUGCAGCAAGCGCUCCCUGUUCCAGGCUGUUUGCAUAUCGUGCACAAUGCAACACGCAACAUGCUCCAUGCAAUGCCAAACUUUGAGGAGAAGGCAAAGAAACCUUUCACUGCUGUUGUGGAGGUCUUGCAUAGUUCCUACACACGCCAGAGAUUUGUUGCAACUUGUUUGGACGGUGAGGGGCGAGUCUACGCAGGCAUGUUUGCAACUUUUCCUCACACCGUAGUGAAGUGGCGUUUCGGAACAUUGGCCGCUGUUUGCAAAGACUUGUUGCCUUUGGAGGCCGUCCUGCGACGCUUCUGGGAUCUGGGCAAAAUGAGGUUCCUAGUUCCAGGGCAGGCCAACCGGCCUGAGAGGGCCGAGGAAAAUGCUGGUGCAGCCUUUGGGGAUGAUCAUCCUAGAGGUCCCAACUUGGAAUUAGCUUCCGAGGCCAUCAGGUCACAUGUGUUCUGGGCUUGGGUGCGCAUGGUCUCCGAAUUGGCUGAGAUCGUGAGCCACACGGAGAACUGGUUUCAGAGUUGCGUGUGUCACAAUGCUGCGGAGAGUCAGAAGCGUUUGCUCCUGACACAUGGUCAGAGUUGCCCUCUCAGAUCACUCCGGGCCCCUGAGCUCGCUUCUGGAGCCUUCGAACCCUUCCUGCAGGAAAUUUCUGCCCUCAGUGCUGCCGCUGUGACACUCAUGCACUGCAGACAUUGCGAGAUAGCGGACAGAGCAUGGAUUCUCGCAGAUUUUGAGGCCGGCCGUCAGCACCUGCUCUUUGCUUUCAUCAUGCAGACAGCAUGCUGGUCGCAUCUGCCACACAGGCUGUGUGGCAUCGGCCAUUCCAAUGCAGAUGUGGCUCGUACGCAGGCUGCUGCCUGCUUGCGGCUCUGGGCCACAUAUUCAGACGCCGAGAGGUCAGCCGCUCACCCGAUGACCAAAGCAGUGCUGUCCAGGGGCACUCUGCUUGCAGGCCAACUGCGACAAUUUGUGCAGGGAGUGAACUUGAGCAACUUGGAAGCCCUCAAAAAAUUCGCAGCCCGCAUGCGCUUCAUCCCGCUGUGUGAGAAAAGCAUUGAGGGCCGCCAUGCAUUUACACACAAGGUCCUGAAGAAGGCAUCAAAUGCUGGCCCGGUGUACAUCAGCAUGGCUGAGCGGAUGCCACUUCUUGUCGAGUGGUCUAAAAGUGACCCCGAACUCUUGAAGUUUCUUGCUCAAGCUGCGCAUGAUGUUUUCCACCCUUUGCAAGCGGUUGUCACUUUGGGUCUUUCGAACCAUCCGGAUCUAGCAUCUUUGAUAGCUGACGUUCAGAUGCCCACCUGGCGUGGGCUUUGCAGUGUUUGGGGGUCCACGCAAAAGCAUGCCAAAACUUGUAAGAAGGUUGUUUAUCACCUCGAUAUCGCAUCUCAGUUCAUGGAUCUCAGUGGUGCUGCUGACUUCGAUGAAGACAGCAAGAAGCCCAAAAAGAGAAGUGUGAACAGGGAGCAAUUCACAUUCGAGGAGCGUGCUGCUUUUCAGAAGCUGCUGGAGACUCACGAGACCAGCCGUGUCUACUCUGUGUCUGGUCUGGAGGCAGGGCGUGUGCAAGCUUUGACCCGCAGGAUUCGUGAUGUGCCACCAGACAUACUUCCUGGUGAGAGCCAUGACCAUGAGGGUGAGGACGACGAAGUGCCAUUCUUUUGUGAAUUUGAGGGUGAUGCGCACAUGUUGUCAGCUGAAUCGCAACCACACAUGCCUGCCCAUCAUGAAAAUGUAAACUGCCCUGAUGACCUGACCGUCUUUCGUGUGGUCUCCCUGCGGCCUUCACGCAUGAAGCUUCCGCCCAUGGACAGGCAGCCGCAACUGGCAUGGACCGACAUUGCAGUGUCUAUUUUGCCAGUCCUGGAAUCCAUGGGUCAAGGAGACAAUCAGAGUCUGAUUGUCUCAGCAAGUCCUUCGUUGCCAACACCAGAUUCCGCGCUUGUGCUCUCCAGAGGUGGCUUUCAGAAAGUCGUAGUCUGGCGUACCUCAUCAGGUUUGACCUGCUCCUGGAAUGCAGGGCAUGAAGCUCUGUUGCCAGAGGAUUUGUCCCAGGAGGCCUUGCAGUGCACUGCCGAGGCACUUGUUCGAGUGAAUGGGUUUCCAGGGUCUGCAUCCGGCCUGUGCGCAGACGCUGCCUCUGAGGAGGCACAGCGCAGCCUCUUUCACUUGCAGAGCAUGGGCUGGACAGCUCAGGCAGAAAGUGGUCUCUGGCAGCUGACACCUCAAGGGCUUCGGGCACUUCACAUGUCCAUGCGAUUGGUAGAUCCAGUGCCCUUGGUGAACUUGGAAGAUUCCUGGCCCAUACCUGAGCGAUCCGAGUCCGCAUUGCUCUUGCUGCUCAAGAAUGCCGGAUUCGACUUGUUUGAAUGGACGCCCAACAGUCCCAAGCCACAGGACUACCCACUGGAGGCUCAGGAUUUGCGUGUGGCCAAGCAUUUGUUUGUCAGGCAGGGUCGUGUGACAGUAGGGCAGGCCUAUCUUGCGUGUAUGGCAGGAGCUUUCACAGCAGACAAAGACUUUCUGGAAGUUUGUGCUGGUCAAGACAUUAAAACAAUUCCACAUGUGCAAACCGAUGCUUUUUAUGACAGACUUUUGAAAGGUGUGUUGAAAUCAUCAGAUCAGCAAAACUUGAUGUUCGAGCAAGAUGGCUUUCCGGAUGAAGCGGAAAGGAAGCCUCGCAAACGUGCGCAUCGAGCGACAAAAGCAGUUCUGCCACCCGAAUCCUUGGACAUGCCCACAGCUCCCAAGAAGCCCCGGGCGAAGUUGUUGUUGCAGAGCCCCCGCAAAGCACCUGGCCGAGCGAGCGCUGCCGCCAGCUUCCGUGCAGAUGCUCCAGGCAGCAGCACAGAUGCUGCGCCAGCAAGAAAUGCAGCUCCGGAGCAUGAAGCCCCUUCUUCCAGCACAAGGCGGCCAGAUCGUGAAGCUGCGCUUGCUUCAUCUCACGUGGAUUGUCUCCGUUCAGAUCAUCACAUCUAUCGCGCCAAUGGUUCCCGAACCACAUGCUCCAAGACUCUGAGUUUUGAUCCAGAAGAUGAAGAAAGCAAGGAUGAAGUUAUUCGCAGGCUGAAGACAUGGGUCAUCGAAGGUCUUGACUUGAACACUAGGGAAGAGCACCGGGUGAAGGGGCGCUGUCUAGGAGACCGUCCGUUGGACGAACUUAUGAAGGAUCCUGAGUUGCAAGCACGCAAGCCGCUGGAGUUCCCAAAUGUUGGCAGGUUGGCGGCUUCCAGCGAGGCAGCUGAGUCUGAUGAGUAUGGCAGUGAUGCUGAAAGCAAUCCUUUGGCUGGUGCAGGCGUUGCAUUGUCUGAUCUAGACGUCAGUAGCUUGACAUCAAGCAGCGACAGUGACAGCAGCAGCUCGUCUGGGAGCACUGUGCAGGACGAGGCAUGA